AAUCAGACCAACAAUAUGGCGGUGUUGUUUGCUGAUCGCAUCACGGCGAUCACGCUGAUCAUGUGUUCACAAUUUAUUCCUGUCUGAGAAGACCAUAAUCAGUCGUAAACGUAAUCAGUAAUGACUUCUAAGGACUCUAGGAUGACGCGUGGCCGUGGCAACGCGACGAACAAGUCGACGACGAAACGGUGAACGUGCGAUAAAGUAUUGAGACGAGAUUGAUGUCGAUCGACACUGCCGUCGUGAACUUCACUCCGGCCAAUCCCUCUCGUUCGACCGAAUGCCAAACGUUAGCGUCUCCAUAUACAAAUACGUUUAGUCUCGUGAAUAAAUUAUGAGCGUGGACAGCGAGAACAAGUCGAGCGAGUCGCGAACGAUUGCGCCGUACAACGCAGAAAACGGCACCGACGGUGGUGUCGAGGGUGGACCGGUGACUCCGGAAAUGGUGCUCCGAUUGCCCACUAUCACGGACAAAUAUCUCUGUUCUCCUGAGGCCAAUAUCUAUGACAUAGACUUUACGAGAUUCCAAAUUAGGGAUCUAGAAACUGGUGCUGUACUGUUUGAAAUAACAAAACCUCCCGCUAGUGAAUGCGAUGUUCAUCAAGAACCGGAACCAGAUUGCGAAGAACUCGGAUCUGAAGAUACAAAUACGGGACGCUUUGUGCGAUAUCAAUUUACGCCACAAUUUCUGAAGUUAAAGACGGUCGGAGCGACAAUCGAAUUUCUAGUAGGACCUAAGCCGAUCAAUAACUUUCGGAUGAUAGAACGGCACUUUUUCCGAGACAGGUUGCUGAAAACCUUCGAUUUUCAGUUUGGAUUUUGCAUACCAAACAGCAAAAACACAUGCGAACACAUCUAUGAGUUUCCAACGUUGCCUGCGGAUCUAGUUUCCGAAAUGAUCGCGAAUCCAUUCGAGACGCGAUCCGAUUCUUUUUAUUUCGUCGACAAUCAACUUGUGAUGCACAAUAAGGCCGACUACGCUUACAACGGUGGGCAUACAACGCACGAUGUAUUGUAAUGUGCAGUUUGUUGAUUAGUAUUAUUGCAAGUGAUAUAUAUAGGAUUACAAAAAUAUAUCACAGUUACAUGUUACAGCGAUGAUGAUGAUAAUGAUGAUGAUGAUCGGUUUGCACAUUUUGCUAGCGUUUGACAUUUCGUGUUUCGGCACAAAACGAGCUUAAAAAUUUGCAGAUCAGCAAAUGAUCCUUGAACACGCGAUUACUGUUGCAACGGAAAUGCUUUAAUCUAAAGCUACAUUUGAUUUAUUGACAAAUUGAAUAGUUCCUAUUUUUCUUUAGUAUAAAAAAACAGUAAUUUAUUUAUGAAUUAUUAACGAAUCAAAGUGAUACUUAAUUUUAUAGACUGUUUUAAUAGCAUCUGUCCUUGCGCGAUGCAUUCGCUAGCGGCGAGUAUCGUUACUUAAGCACAUGUAGCACAUUGACACACGUGGCCUCUUGAGUGGAAUUACAUCUAGUUCCACGAGCUUUCUAAUCUCUAAAGCCUAUUCACAGUUUCCACGACAUGUGCGAUGGAGGGCAAAUUGAAUUAGGAAUUUCGUUUUUUCGACGCUCAACGGCGCUUUUCUGUCAUAAUCACAUAACUUACAAUUUUUUUCCACUCUUACACGACUAUUAUUGUUUAAAUACUUUUCACAUUGUUCUGUAAUAUUGUGGAGUUCAUCCAAAAUACACGUAUAUAUUUACAAAGGA